AUGAAAUCCAGUGGUGAUCCGUUGAAUAUGACUGUCGUUUCGGGGCUGUUUGAUGCUACCGUUGUCGAUGCUCCUUCGAAAGGCAACCCUCCGGAACCGAUUUUCUCCGAUUACCUCGAGAUGACUUCACUGGUCCUCAUGUUUAUCAUCGGAGCUCCAUUGAACCUAGCAGCCUAUACUCAGUUGGCGGAGAGGCCGAUGACAAGUCGAUUGGAUCUGCUCAAACGACAUCUGAACUAUACUGACUUAUUGGUGAUCUUCAUUUAUGUGCCAUCAAGAGCAUGUUGGCUGCUCACCUACGACUGGCGAGGAGGAGAUCUUUUGUGCCGGGUUGUGAAAAUGAUGCACACAGUGGCUUUCCAGGUGAGGCUUUUACCCCAUUAUUUAUUGCCCCUCAACAGCCGACAUUCGUUCCUAUCGAUCAUAGCGUUCGCACAAUGCUCGCUAAUUGAUUAUUCGAGAGAAAUCACGCGAAACUCGGAAAAUUGA